AACAAACCUGAUACGGCACCUCAAAAACAAACACCCGACACAAUACAGCGAGUUUACCCAGGCAACCCAGCCGAAGACGAGUCAGCUCACGCUGCAGGAGAGUUUGAAGAGGAGAGAAAAAAUGCCCCGUGACAGCGCGAAGGCGCAGGACAUCACAGCCAAGAUAGCACAAAUGAUCGCAAUGAGUGACCUGCCAUUCGCCUUUGUAGAUAACCCUGGAUUUCUUAUGCUUAUGGAGCACGUAGAACCUCGAUUUGAAAUGCCAUCUCGCCACUAUUUUACCGAGAAAGCUCUGCCAGCCCUUUAUAAGAAGAUUUCUGACAAACUACUUGUCCUGUUAUCAGAUGUACCCCAUGUUUCGUUCACCACAGACAUCUGGAGUUCGUCCGUAGCUCCCAUGUCUCUACUAAGCCUUACCGCACAAUGGAUUGACUCAAGUUUUGUUUUACGCCAUGCGACCCUACAUGUCCAGGAAUUUCGCGGAUCGCACACCGCAGAGCGCAUCCAGCAAUCGAUGGAAAAGAUGCUAAACAACUGGGGAAUUGGCAAGCAACGGGUCCACGUAAUUUUGCGUGACAACGCGGCAAAUAUGAAGAAAGCUAUGAGGGAUAUGGGGGUGCCGAGUGUAGGCUGUGUUGCCCAUUCCUGUCAACUCUGUGUGCAUGAGGGCCUGCUGUCUCAGAGCAGCGUGACAGAGACCCUGGCCAACGCAAGGAAGAUUGUAGGCCAUUUUAAACACUCCCCGUUGGCCUACUCUCGACUAGAAGACAUACAGAUGGACCUAAAUAUGGAUAUCAAGCGCCUACAGCAAGAUGUACAGACACGAUGGAACAGCAGCCUCUACAUGCUGCAGAGCCUACUGCAACAAAAACGUGCUCUUAGUGUCUUUGCAGCUGAGCGCACUCUACCAGCAACACUGACAGCUCACCAGUGGGAGCUGAUGAAUAAGACUGCUGAUGUGCUAUCCCCCUUUGAAGAGCUGACCAGGGAUGUGAGCAGGGAGACUACAACUGCAGCUGAUGUGAUCCCUGCCAUAACAGGUCAUUUGUAUUUUUAUUUAUUACUUUAUACU